GCGCAUGCGUACAGGAAAAGGGUUCACACGGUAAACAUUUCUUGUAUUUUGGGUCAUUAUAUUUUUUCAGUGAUUAUUUAUAUCGUGUGCAACAAGAUUUGUGGAAUAUAUCUACGUUACUAUAUUCCGAUUCAUAUAGCUCUUGCAAUAUGCAGCUUUAAACUGUGUUGCACAUUCGUGCAUAUUGUAUUUUCCAAAACAUCGUGCAUUUCAAGAAUGACAGGCAUUUCCAUUGAUUGACAAUGACUGCAAGAACGCCACAGACUGGUCGGAGAAGAAAGCGACAACAACCGCCAGUAUACAGUGGAAUAAGUGGGUCGUACGAAGACAAAGACAACGAUUAUGUCUGUCCAAUUUGUUUUGACCUGUUAGAAGAGGCUCAUAUGACGAAAUGUGGCCACACAUUCUGCUACAAGUGCAUCAAACAGAGCCUGGAACAGAGCAAUAGAUGUCCAAAGUGUAACUUUGUCAUUGACAGUGUCCAGCAGCUCUUUCCUAAUUUCACUGUAAAUGAACUGGUGCUGAAACACAGGGGAAGACAGGAUGAAAAGAAGAUGAAAAUUGACCAACAGAACUCACCUGGAACUGGCUCAGAUCUCUGUGACCUUGUGACCGAGGACAGCCUUGAUCUUCCCCAUGUCAACCAGCUACUGUCAUUAUUACACCACAAAAAACAGCUGUUAGAGGCGGAUGGUACAUUAGCACAAAAUUUAAUUUUGAAAGAAUUUUUACAACAAAUCCAUGUUAAAAAACAAGAGCACAUAGACCAGUUAACCAGAGAACUUGCUGUGAUAGAUGAAGACACCAAAAAAGUAGAGAUGAUGAUCUCAGAACACAGAAGGAAAUAUCCCUUUACCCCAGAUCAUCUGGUGCCCAAUGGGUUUGAUCCCUCCAUUUCCACCAGUUCUGACAUGGGCAGUCAAGAAGGUUUUAAUGGCAGUAAAAACGCCGGCAAGUGGUUAAGUACAACUAUGGCAGCUAGAAAGAAGAAGGUCAGCCAACACUUUGAUGAUCUGGAGCAGUGUUACUUCUCUGUGAGACAGAGGGAGAUACUGACUGGUGGAGAAAAUAAAGAUGGAUUGGGAGAGUUUACAGAAAGCCUUUCAAAGUUCACCAGAUUUAGUACAUUUAGGCCGCUAGCCACUCUCAGCUAUGCCAGUGACUUCUACAGUGGGUCCAGUAUAGUAUCAAGUAUUGAGUUUGACAGAGACUGUGACUAUUUUGCCAUAGCGGGUGUUACAAAACGUAUCAAGGUGUUUGAAUACUGCAAUGUUAUAAAAGAUGUGGUUGAUAUUCAUUACCCGGUGAAUGAGAUGGUGUGCAACUCCAAAAUAAGUUGUGUGACUUGGAGUGCAUACCACAAGAACAUGCUGGCCAGUUCUGACUAUGAGGGCACUAUCACCCUGUGGGACGCUUUCUCAGGCCAAAAGUCAAAGAUUUUUCAGGAGCACGAAAAGCGUUGCUGGAGUGUUGAUUUCAACCGAAUGGAUCCCAAGCUUCUAGCAUCUGGAUCAGAUGAUGCCAAAGUUAAGCUGUGGUCAACUAAUGCUGAACACUCUAUAGCCAGUCUAGAGGCGAAAGCCAAUGUAUGUUGUGUCAAGUUCAACCCCGAGAGUCGUUACCAUCUGGCUUUUGGUUCCGCAGAUCAUUGUGUACACUACUAUGACUUACGGAACACCAAACAGGCUGUGAUGAUCUUUAAAGGUCACAGAAAAGCUGUGUCCUACACAAAAUUUUUAAACACCAAAGAAAUAGUAUCAGCAUCCACGGACAGCCAACUUAAAUUAUGGAAUAUUAAAAAGCCUACAAACUUACAGACUUUUAAGGGACACAUAAACGAAAAAAACUUUGUUGGUUUAGCAACAGAUGGAGACUAUGUCGCCUGUGGAAGCGAGAACAAUUCCUUGUAUGUUUAUUAUAAGGGCUUGUCUAAACAACUGCUCACAUUUAAGUUUGACACAGUCCGCAGUGCUUUGGAGAAGGAUAAGAAAGAAGAAGAAAUCAACGAAUUUGUUAGUGCUGUUGCCUGGCGACCAGGCUCCAAUGUGAUAGUAGCAGCUAACAGUCAAGGAACAGUCAAAGUGCUAGAGUUGGUGUGACAAAUGCUGCUGUAUCUGACAGAUAACAAUCAACCGAGUACAAGGGUAAAAAGUAGAUGUAGGUGUGUGAUUGAUGACAACUAAAUGUUGAAUACUAAAAGGAUGGGAAUGAUGACCACUAGAUGUUGUAUGCUCAAAGAAUGAGAUUUAUGACAACUAGAUGUUGAAUGCUCAAACGAUGUGAUUGAUGACAACUAGAUGCUCAAUUAGAUGUCGUAUGUUUAAAGAACAGAAUUGAUGACAACUUGAUGUUGUGUUCUGAAAUGACAACAAGAAAUAAUGACAACUUGAUGUUGAAUACUGGAAGGACAUGAUUGAAGAAACUGGAUUUUGUAUACUGAAUUGACAAUAAGGAAUGAAGACAACAAGAAUUAUAAAAACUGGAUGUUGUACAUGUAAAGAACAGGAUUGAAGACAUCAAGGUGUUGUAUACUGAAAGGUUAGGGAUGAUGACAACUAAAUGUAAUUGUGUAUUGAAACAACAAGAAGAAAUUAUUACAACUAGAUGUUGUAUACUGAAACAACAAGAAGAAAUUAUUACAACUAGAUGUUGUAUACUGAAACGACAUCAAGAAAUUAUAACAACUAGAUGUUGUGUACUGAAACGACAACAAGAAAUUAUCACAACUAGAUGUUGUGUACUGAAACGACAACUAGAUGUUGUGUACUGAAACGACAACAAGAAAUUAUAACAACUAGAUGUUGUAUACUGAAACGACAACAAGAAAUUAUAACAACUAGAUGUUGUGUACUGAAACGACAACAAGAAAUUAUCACAACUAGAUGUUGUGUACUGAAACGACAACAAGAAAUUAUAACAACUAGAUGUUGUGUACUGAGAGGACAACAAGUGUAUAUUAAGGUCAGUAUUAAAAGUGAUAGUAUUGUUGUGAAUGAAGUCAUUUUUAUCAAUGACAGCACUACUGACUAAAUGUUGCUAAAUCUGUGAUAACAAGGACAACCAGAGCUAUUCAUAUUUCAUUGGACAAUAAGCAGACAAACUAAGCAAUUAUCAUUCAGUCCUGGUCCAGGAAGACAACCAGAGCCAAUCUGUGCUAUUGAUACAUACACUGGAAGUCGUGUUUUAAUUAGUAUAAAAAUUGCUAGAUUAUGAACAUUUGACACGACAACUUAAACCAUAUGUGAAAGUACAUGAAUAUGUACUAUUAGUAUGAUGUAAGUGUGUAGAAUGUGAAAUAAAUGUGAGCACAUGUGUGGGGUGAGUAUGUGUGUGUGGUGAGUACAUAUGUGUGGUGAUAUACAUGUGUGUGGUGAAUAUGUAUGUGUGGUGAUAUACAUGUGUGUGGUGAUAUACAUAUGUGUGGUGAGUACAUAUGUGUGGUGAGUACAUGUGAGUGAGGUAUGCAAAUCAUUAAUAGCUUGAAUGAUAUGUAAUAUAUUAUGGUGCCCAUGAACGUGUGUCUUUGUUAGUUUGGAUGGGAUGAUUUAUUUGUAGAUUAUAUUAUUGUGUACAUUUUUAUAUCUUGAACCUUAUCAUUGUGAGGAUAAUACCGAUGAUAUCUAUCCUGUUACAGUACAGCAACUUAAUACCUCAGCAGUGUGGGCUCUCUUUAAUCUAGUUUCUCUUUGGAUUGGAAAGUUUCUAAUACCAGGGUAGUGACAGAUACACUACUUGGUACACUACUUGGUGCUGGUUUUACUAAGCCUCCACGUACCCAAGAAAAUAGGUGUGGUAGAUAUAUCUCAUCUAAAACAAGAAAAUAGGUGUGGUAGAUAUAUCUCAUCUAAAACAAGAAAAUAGGUGUGGUAGCGACGUCUCAUCUAAAACAAGAAAAUAGGUGUGAUAGAGACGUCUCAUCUACAACAAGAAAAUAGGUGUGGUAGCGACGUCUCAUCUAAACAAGAAAAUAGGUGUGGUAGAGAUGUCUCAUCUAAACAAGAAAAUAGGUGACGUAGAGAUCUAGACAUCUCAUCUAAAACAAGAAAAUAGGUGUGGUAGUGACGUCUCAUCUAAACAAGAAAAUAGGUGUGGAAGAGACGUCUCAUCUAAACAAGAAAAUAGGUGUGGUAGUGACGUCUCAUCUAAA